AUGAACAACGAACAAUUCCGUCGCCUCAUCCAAGACAACAACAACCCCAGCUCAAGCCCCAGCUCAAGCAGUAAUCAAGAUGGAAGCACCGGUAACGCGACGCCCGCGACAGCCCUGGGCUCGCGAAUGCGCUCGAGUAUUCCCAUGACACCUCGCUCCCUAACAACCCCCAACUUCGCCCGCCAACUAGCCGACUACCGCCGCGAAAACAACACCCAUCAACCACCGACGAAACGCUUCAAAUCUAGCGCCGCACCAAAGGGCACGAAACUACCCACUGGCUACCAAGAUCGCGCAUCACUACGGCAAUCACAGGAUGAUAGCGCGGAGAACAUUGAGAAGCGGAUUAGGGCGCUGGAGGAGAUGGUGAAGGAGGGGAAGAUUGAUGAGGCGACGUUUGAGAAGUUACGAGCGGAGUUGGGCGUGGGCGGGGAUGUGGGGAGUACGCACAUGGUUAAGGGGUUGGAUUGGGAGUUGUUGAGGAGGGUUCGGGCGGGGGAGGAUGUUAGUAAGGGGCCUGAGAAGGCUGUUGAAGAUGAGAAGGAGGGAGAACGGGAGGAAGGGGACGGAGCAGAGGAAGAGGAAGUAGACUUGGAGGCGGAGUUUGAGCGGGUAACGGAGGAGAAGGGACGGGAGGAUAUUGCCCCUGUUGCUCCGAAGGAGAAGGAGAAGAAGAAAGGGACGAUGGCUCCGCCGCCGGUCCCUGCGCAGGCACAGGCGCAGGCGCAGAAGAAAUCCCGGGAUGAGAUUUUACGACAACUGAAAGCAAGUCGCGCAGCUCCUGUCGCAGAACCUGCCCCACCGCCGCCGGAGUCGACGCUGGGAUCCAAGUUCAAGAAACUGGGCGAGUCGAGACCAGAGAAGAAGCGGUGGGUGGAGACUGACGAGAACGGUCGGCGGAGAGAGGUCCUUCUUAUUACCGAUGCUAAAGGGAAUACGAAACGGAAGACAAGAUGGCUGGACAAGCCCGGUGAGUCUAACGGUCUUUUGGUGCCUGAUAAAGAUGCGAAACCGCUGGGCAUGGAGGUACCUGCAGAGGUCGCAUCGAAGACGGCGGCCGCCAGUACUCCCGUAGAAGACGAAGACGAAGAUAUCUUCGAGGGAGUGGGCGCAGACUACAAUCCGUUGGCAGAUAUCGGCGAAGACGGUUCCUCGUCAGAGUCAGACGAGGAGGUCCAGGGUGCCAUAAAAGGCCCCAAAAAACCUACAUCUGCAGAAGGGUCUGCACCACCGUCUACAGAACCUAUUCGGCCAUCACGACCACGGAACUACUUCUCGACGUCCACGCACGACGAGCCCAUGGAAGAAGAAGAAGACCGUGCCCGAGCCAACCCACUCACCCGGGACCCCACUUUACUGGCAGCGCUCAAACGAGCAGCCGCGCUACGCCAAGCGUCGCCAACCGCAGGUGGAGACGAAGAAAAAGACGACAGCCGUAGUCAGCGAUUCUUGGAGGAGAUGCGGCGUCGCGAGGCGCAGGAUGCCAUGGAUAUGGACAUGGGUUUCGGAGGCAGUCGGAUCGAGGAUGAGGAGGAUGAGGAAUUUAUUGGCUUGGAGGAGGGGGGACGUGGGGGGCAAAAGAGGAAGCGAGGACCGAAGAAGAGGAAGGGAGACAAGGAAAGUGCAUCGGAUGUACUGGGGGUGCUGGAGAGCCGGAAGUAG